CUGGUGUACGAGGAUGUCUUCACUGUCUGGGAGACGAUCUGGGCGGCGGCGCAGGUCUCCUCCUCUUGCUACGUCCUCUUCAUCGCCCUCGCCUUGGUGGAGGUGUAUCGGGACAUCAUCCUGGAGAACAACAUGGACUUCACAGACAUCAUCAAGUUUUUCAACGAAAUGGCUGAGCGCCACAACACCAAGCAGAUCCUGCAGCUGGCACGGGAACUCGUGUCCAAAGUCCAGACGCUCAUUGAGAACAAGUGAUUUGGGAAGCCCCCUGCCCUCCGAGGAGGAAGACCACCCUCGCCCGCCUGCGCUUGGAGGCUGAUGGCCACGGGGACAGGAUGCAAAGGGUCCAGGGAGAGUCUUCCCUGGGGUCUGCCCCCCCAGAAAGGCAGCAGACAGCCUGGCCUUGCCAGUCCACCUGGGAGCCGAUCCUCGCAAUGAACCAAAGAACUCAACCCUUCUGUCUCCCUUCUUGGUCAGAUGGGGGGGCAUUUGACCUGGCACAAACCUUGUUUUGAAGGGGGAGACGGGAGCCUUGGAAAAGAUGGCAGGAACCGACUGGUCCUGUUUUCCUCUCCCUUCAGAUUUUCUUGCCACGCAUGUGGGUUGGGGGCGUGUUUUUCUUUUUGCCGAAGCAAGGGACUUUCCCCCGGUCCUGCCCCACCCCCAGCGGAGGACCCCGGGCUGACGGCAGGCUCUCGCCCAGGCAGAGGUCCUGAAUCUUGGAGCCUGGAGAGUCCUUGGCCCCAGGCAGCCCUUCUCUGCCUUCGGGACCGGGCUGCUGUUUGGGGCCACCUCUGCCCUAGAGCUUUUCCCUGCACCUUUUUGGGGGUGCCCCCAGUGUGCCAAACUCCCGCUGUCAGGUUGACUGAUGGGCGUGCUCUGCUUUCAUGAAGAUGGACUGGGCUACCCAGUGCUGUUCUGGCCGACUCCUGAGCGUCUUCCUUCGGCAGGAGGGCAGCUUGGGGGCUCAGUGCCUCUCGCUUGUCCCCUGCUCCUAGCGGAGGCCUCAAGCACGGGGGAGAAGCGUUUCUCCAGCCAGUCUGUGGCUGCCGCGGGGUCGUGUCCCUCAGCGCCCCCCACCAAUUCUUCUUCAACAUCACCUUUCCGGGCAGCCUCUCCAUCGCCCUUUGAAGUAAGACCCUGCUUAUUCCAAGGCGGAGGCAGCAGCCCACCGAGCCGCGCUGGCUGGAGCCUCUGCGAUGUCUUCCUGCCGGCCCCAGAGUCACCCGUGGGCUGGGGCCUUGGCUCCUGGGGGGCAGGGUGACGUGUGGAUGGUUUGGGUUUUUUUAAACUCAGGUGUUUUUAAAGAGAGGUAGGAGGAGCAAAAUGGGGCUUUGUUGCCUGAUCAAAACCUGCCAGAAAAAGCAACCGUUUGGGUUAAGCAAGGACCUACAUUUUUGCUGUGAAAAUGGCUUCCUGCAAGCCAGAAAAUGCUCAGCCAUAGGUACCCCCCCCCUUCCUUCAGAAGGACCAGCCUCCUAAACAAAGCUGCAGUUCUGUGUUAGCUUCUUAUCUUCCCAUUCCAUUUCAGGGAGGGAGAAAUAACAAAGAGCAACUCUUAAGAGCUUCUGCCCUUCUCUGUCAGCUUGUGUGUUUGUGCGCUUUUGGAUACAUGUUUGUCAUUGUCUGUUGAACCGAAGCGGGACAUUCUGGCCUUAAUGGUGACAUCCUCACAAAACAUUUGCUGGACUUCAAAGGGAGUGAGGGUGGGCAGGUCUACAAUUAUAGUUAAUCUCUAGCUGCCAUUUCUGCGAUCACUUCAAACAUUUAACUGGCUUCCUUCUGCAAACCCCAGGGAAUUUUAGUUCAGGAAAUGGAAGUGGCUCUUCUUGAUGACUCCCAAAUUGUAUGCUCCAGGGAGGAACUAUACUUCAGUCAGUUGCACAAAAGUUCUCCUAGGUCAACAUCUUUUGGUUAAGGAUGGAGAUGAUGGUGAUGGGGCAGGAGGUGGUGUCUCUUGCCAAAUUAGGCUCUGUUUGGACUCCCACAAACUUUCUCAGCAAAACACUUGAUGUUUCUUGUGGCCCUUAGAUCAGCAAGACCAUCAGUAGAAGGUGGAAGGGCAGCCUGGGUGCAGUUAUUGGUGAAAACACGAGAAAAUCUGUGCAGGCUAUGUGGUCCAUUCUUGGCCAUCUUUUGCCCUUUGAUUCUCCUCGCCCCACUUGCACAACAAAGGGAGCAUUCAGAAACCAAGAUUUCCGGAUUUGAAACCAAUGCAUCUUUUAAAAUUCAUUCUCUCUGGGGGUUUUUAUGGGAUAUGGGUGGACAAACUGGGAUUUUAAAGAAUCAGUUGGAGUCCCAAAAGAUACACGUGUGUGUGUGUGUAAAUGUGCAUUUUAAUUGUGCUGGGCUAUCUAACUUUGGAUAUUGCUGCAGUGAUCCUUCUUUCUUAAAAGCACAAUUCUGAGUGAGUGAUCUGUUCCCGAAAGCUUAAAUCUUGUCGUUCUUGAACAAGAGAAGCCAGCCAGAAGCGAGGUCCCUUUUGUAGAGGAGGAGGCUGCUUGGGGUGGCACCCUCUGGCCAACGGGGAUGAGGUUUUUUUAGGCUGGACGUGAUGCCAAAGUAGAGACCAGCAGUGAAUCUUGGGUGCCCCCCCAAUCCCUAGGGCAGCACAGUUCCUAGCAUGGGGUUAGCACAGGGCUUUUUCCCACACCUGACUUCUGGGCACCUGGGUGCGUCCGCAGAAUGCUCAGGUCAGUUGAGAAGUUCCUGGAGAGGACUUGCCACACCGCGUAGCCAACGCAUCCUUUGGAAUGGCUCUUCGGUAGUCCCAUAGUCUCUCCCUCACAGUUUCUGUCAUUUCAAAAGCCAGCUGAGGUGCCCGGUCCUUGCUGCCACCGCGCCUAUUACAGCCGUUUGAGAACGGGACCCAUGUAGGGAAACGGUUAUAAAUGCAAGGGAGACAUUAUUUAUAUGUGUUUAUUAAUUCUGUGCAUCCCAAAGUCUGUGUGCAUGAAGCCUUAUGCAAGCAGAGGUGUAUUUUUUUGUCACAGUCUCAAAAUGUAUCUUGUAAACAUUUUAGCAGGAAAUUGUCUUAUGUAUAGCUAUAUAUUAUACAGAUAACCAGGUCAUGCAUAUGUAUGUGUGUGCACGUGAGAGGGUGUGUACACACAUAUGCAUGCACACACACAUAUACACGCAUAAACAAGAUGUCUGUGGAUUAAGCAGGGCGCUGCAAGGGCUUCGCCGCUAAGAGCUUUGUGCGAUCUGGAGCACGUCCCUCCCUCUCAUGUACCUUGGGCGUAAGUGAAAUGGCCAUUUUCCUGCUUUGCUUCAGGGUCUGCAGAAGAAAGGGAUUUGAGGAAAGCUUCCCCCACUUAUACCAUUGCUGUUUAUUCCUAUAUGAAGAGAUGUGCUGCUUCCUGUAAAAUACCCUGGAACAAUUUACAAGUUACGCACCUUUUGCCCCAGCAUCCUUGUUACCGGGAGGCCAUUUCCAGGUUCUCAGCAGCCUUUUUGCCCUGAGAGAAGGGACCUUCUGCUAGGUCAGCCCUGCUGUUCAGCAGAGGGAGGCAGCCGCUCCCUUUCCUGGAUUGGCCUGAACGAGCAGCAGAUUUAAUGUGCUGUUGUAUGUUUGCUCCCGGGGAGAAGCACGGGCCGGCUUCUUCGGCAUCAUCUGGGCUUGGGGGCUGCGGGCCUGACUUGGAGGGCAGGGAGAAGUGCUUUUGCCUUAAAAUAAAGCUCGCCUAAUUUACAACUUGUAGGGCUGGUGGGCAGGACUGGAGACUCCUGGGGGGCAACAACCAGGAAGGCGAGACGGUUGUGGGCACGCGCAGCUGCACCUGUUUAACAGAGAGGCCAGCAAGUCUCCAGCGACCCGUUUCAGUUUCAGCCUGGCUUGCUGCUGCGUUCUUGGUGAACGCACAUUUGGGCGGCGGGGUUAGCCGUUGGGGCGCCCACGACCGUGCGGCGACGCG